AUGCAACUUCCACAAAAUUCAUGUCAAAUGCGAGACCACUCAAAGCAAGAUCUGAUGAACGGAAACUAUUGGAAGAUAUGGAGAGCAGUUGGGAAUUGUCAAGUUUUUCAAAAAGUUUCCGAAAGCUUGAAAGAAGAUCGAGUGUUCAUGAUGAAAGCAGUGACUGUCAACGGUCAUUCACUUGAAUACGCAUCAGAAGAUUUGAAAAGUGACAAACAAUUUGUUCUUGAAAUAGUGAAAUCAAAAAAUGGUUUGGCACUUCUCUAUGCUUCUGAUGACUUGAAAAGUGACAAGGAAAUUGUUCUUGAAGCAGUGAGCAUGCAUGGUCGUGCAUUUGAAUAUGCUUCAGAAGAUUUGAAAAAGGACAAACAAUUUGUUCUUGAAGUAGUCCAACAAAAUGGUGAAGUUCUUGAAUAUACUUUUAUAGAUUUGAAACAAGACAAGGAAGUGGUUCUUGAAGCAGUCAAACAAAAAGGUUGUGUAUUAGAAUAUGCUUCUGAUGACUUGAAAAGUGACAAGGAAGUUGUUUUGGAAGCUGUCAAACAAGAUGGCUUUGCAUUUUUCUAUGCUUCAGAACCAUUGAAACAAGACAAGGAAAUUGUACUUGAAGCCAUCAAACAACAAUUUUUAAACUUGGCAUCCAUUUCGACUGAUGAACCAACCCAAAUUUGGGAUGAGGUCACGAAUGAAUAUGGUCUGUUUUCUUCAAUUUCACUUGAGUUGACCAAGGAUUUUAUGGACGAGAUUAACCAAAUAAUUGAGAUGAGCAUCUAG